AUGGAUUCUCUCGACAAGCUGAAGAACUGGAAAGAACGCGUGAAUUGGUGGGAGAAGGUCAGUACACCACUGGAUAGACUCUACAAUGCUCCAAGGUCAACUGCACCUGGCAACGAUUCUGUUGGCGUGACCGAACCUGGAAGGUUCUCGACGUUCUCUUCACUAUCCAUUAUCAGUCCAUUAUCGGAGACAACGCUUCUGGAGCAGUUUACGAACACUAUACAGCCUCUCAUCAGUCUUUUAGAUGAGAUUUCAGAGGUGCAUGAUUUCGUCAAAGCGGCUCUCGCGCCUUUCAAAGCUGUUUACGCGACGGAGAAGAAGAGGAGGGAGAACAAUAAGCGAAUAAUGCUCCUGUUCUUGGAUAUGAGGGACAUGAUGGGAAUGAUCCUACAACUGAUCGAUGUACCUGUCUUCCAUUCAUCUACAUUCAGAGUCAGCGAUAUCUCCGACCAAGAGAUAGCCUCACGCCGCGAGGACCCGAGGCUGGGAGACUACAUACAAGACCUCAUGAAGAGCAUCGGGGACGAUAUCACACACGCGUAUAACGUCUGCGAGGCCUAUCACAACAAGUCUCUCAUUUCGAAGGCCUGGCACGCUGAAUCGUGGAUUGGAAAGCUGGCGAAAUGUAGUCAGCAUUUUAGGAAGCAAAGGGAGGCGCUGACUAUGGCGCUUACCGCUCAUUCGGCACAUGGGGUCGAUGAGACCGUUCGUCGUCUGCGUACACUCGAGGAUAGACUCGACGUCUAUUUCAUGCAAGUUCUCCGGAGCCUUCCUGCCGAUGGCGAAGUCGAAAUCAACCACCGCAUUGACCUCUACCCAGGUGGACGCAGAGCACUGCAGAAAAACGACAGUGCCCUAGAGGCUCUACUUGCUUUGGAGGAGAAGGCUGGUUCCGUCGAUAUUCAGUCGGGCGCAGUCGGAUCGGCUCUUGAUCGGACCAGGUUGCUGCAGGAGGCCCGUCCAGAUGCGGAGAGGAGGAAGCAGAGAUUGAAGGAGUUGCGCGACGAUCUGAAGACGGAUGUCCAGACAGUGAUCGAUGCGAACUUUCAGGUUUUCGAGGGAAAAUUGAGGAUUCAGUUGGCAAGGAUUGAAACAAACGUAGGGGAGACUGUUGAGCGGGUCGGGGACCGGGUUAUUGAUAAGUUGAGGGGAGGGCCCGCGGACCAUAUAACUAAUCCAGACAUGUACAAUGUUUGGACGUACAUGGGGUGGAGAGCUAGCGUAAAGGGUAGCCAUUUCGUUCUCGCUCUCAAAGACUACUACCACGAUACCGCCAGAGACCUUAUCACUUCUCCCGGCGGCCCGAUUACUACCUCCCCUCUUGUGUCUCCAACCUUCGAGGCUGUGCUAUCGGUACCCGGCCUUCACCGCCGUGGAAGUUCGUUCCAUGAUGAGUCUCGCGGCUUGUCUGCGUCGAGUGCCGCCAAGAUCCCUCGUGCGAGCAUCGAUCCUGCCGACUACUGGACGGUCAAGUACAUACGUGUCGAUAGGCUGAAGCAUAUCCUCGAUGCUAUCGAUACGGAUGCCUCUGGGUUCAUCACUGUCCAUGAGCUAAAUCACUUCACACAAUCGAGGCCGAGAGACUGGAGCCUUCUCAAGUGGAUCGCAUACUGGGCUGUUGGAUGGGAAGCAUCCCUCAUCAAGUAUUACAAGCAGAUCCGACGCAUCUUUGGUCAGAUGAUGGCCACUCUCCAUCGCGUCUUACCGGAUAAUCGUCACUUCGUCGAUGGAUACCUGGAUACGUCUUGGAGCUCGACCAUGUCAAUCGUGAUGAGCCUGUCGGAGAGCUCGAGCUUGGAAACAUCGGUUGAGGAACACUUCGUAGAUUAUGUCGCCAGCGAGGAAACGCGUUUGGAGGACAGCUUAGAGCAACUGGAGUAUAACGUCAAGGACACUGAUGCUGUUCGGUUCUUGGUUGAUGGUCCCCUGGAACGGUCAUUACUCCCACUCCUGUGUAUCCUUUUGCAACGCCAUCUCGAAAUAGUCAGGCUGGCCACGUACUGUAGCGUUUGGCCCUCAGAUCUCAAAAGAGCACUGUCAAAUGCAUCGGUAGCUAUCCGCUCCAUCGCUGGAGAGCAUUGGCUCCGUGCGCGGGAUGUUGCAUCCAACUUCGAUCAUCACAGGCGAGAUCGUGCUCAGGAAUUUAAGCUCUUUACUUGUGGCCUGUAUCAGAACGCACUAGAAGGAGCGAGGGUCUUCACUACAGCUCGCCUCGUGGAACUAGAUGAUACGCACGAACGUGAAUGUCAAGAUGUGCCCAAUAUAAGUGUCCUUGCCUCUCCUGUCAUCAGGCUGACACCGAUCAGUAGCUCCGGACUAAGACAUUCGACGGAGCAUCUUCGCGAGGUGUUCAUGACUGGACUCCGGAGCGAGCACGUAUCGUCUGAUGAAGAUUCAAGUUCUACUACAGAUGAGUCAGAAAUCAAGACGUUCAGCUUCGCGGUGUCUGAACCUACGAAUGGACACGCAUUGAAGGAUGAGAUUAUGGGUGAUUGGUCCGGAUAUAUCUCCUUGAAGGGCCAUACCGAGAUCGAACACUACGUUUUCCAACCCGUGGGGACAAGCCGCUUCAAAUGCGACGGGAGAGCGUAUAACGGCGACCAGUUCUCCGUAGUAGGGGCAUACUCCCUGAUGGCUGGAAAGGUCCACAUUCGCUUCGACAAGACAUACGCUGAUGAGGACCAUUACUAUCCCCAACAUUAUGGUGGAAUUCUUGACUUGCGCUCCGGGGAUUUCUCUGGCAUUAUAAGGUCAAUAACCUCUUUGGGAUCCGCUUCUGCCAGUACCCUUGGAUCGACGCCGCACGACACUUCCGUGGAUUCAGUUGCGUUCUCGUUCAGACACGUAGGGCCAGAUGUAGUGCGCCACCGCCCACCCACGGCAGAGUUUAACGCCAAUAGGACCGUUGCAAGUUGGAAGUUUGCCCUUAAUGCUGUCACGGAUCAAGUUCGGGAGACGCUGCAGCCGUUGAGAUACCUGGAGGAGAGGGAGGCAAAACGUAGCAAUGGGGUCCAACUCCUUGUGAAGCGUGCCGUUUACAGUGAUGAGACGACGGCUGGAGAGAGUCUUUUUCGAACUCUUCUACCAGAGGAUACGAGGGCCUGCUGGUCCCGUUUUAACAUGGCGCACAAAGAACUCAUGGAGCGCUACCCUCGCCACUCGCCCCAUACGCCAGUUCAUUCGUUACUCCGAAUUCCGUAUGUUAUGCACUUGGGUAUGGAGGCGAGUGUUUUAGAGCGUGCGAGGGCGGGGAUUGUACGAGCUGGAAAGGUUCUCGAUGGAGAGAAGCGAGGAGAUACGUCUGCAAGUAUCGAGCAGCGACUCGCUGCUUUCAAAGAAAGCACCGAGAGUAAGCUUGAGAGGAUCACGGAGGGGUAUGAUGAGGGACUGAAACUCAUACGAGAAGAAAUGAUUACGGGAAUGCAGGCCAUACGUGAUGAAGUUCAGUGUAGACUAGAGCGCAUCGAGAGCCUGCUUGUGGAGAAGAUGGUAUAA